AUGCCUUCCGGACGGUCCGUUCCUCGCCGUCGCACCCGGUCGGAAGAGGAGGACGAAAGCGAUGAUGCGUCCUCUUCCUCCGGAUCGCCUCCAAACAAUUCAAAAGCUCGAUCCUCAAACCCGAAUAAGCGCCGCAGACUAAGCAAGGACGAUAACGAUCAGCCUGAUGAGGACUCCGAACGCUCUGCCAGUGAAUCAGGCGACGACUCAGGAGCCGAAUCAUCCUCCUCGGACUCAGCUACCGUAAAGCCGACUCCCCGAAACUCCAACACGAGCCAGCGCUCUAAAUCGAGCACACAAACCGCUCGACAGAGUCAAGAAGGACCAGAGGACGCUUCCAGCGAGGAAGAGGAUGACUCCGAUGGAUCUGAGGCAGCGGGAGAUGGUAUUGAGGGCGAUAGCGUACCAGAUCCCACUCAGGCCGGCGGCGCGGAUGGUACCCAAUCUCCUGAGACCAGUGCAAAUGAAUCGCAACCUGCCGAUUUGAACGAGACGACACCAGAAGGCUACAAACCCGGCGCCAUCGUUCGCAUCAAAGUCACCGAUUUUGUCACUUAUACAUCGGCGGAAUUCUACCCAGGCCCGAAACUGAAUAUGGUCAUCGGACCCAAUGGGACUGGAAAAAGUACACUUGUCUGUGCGAUAUGCUUAGGACUAGGAUGGGGACCGCAGCACCUCGGGCGCGCCAAGGAUCCUGGCGAAUUCGUCAAGCACGGCUGUCGAGAAGCUAUCAUCGAGAUCGAGCUUGCAGGCGGAAAGCGCUUUCGUCGCAACCCCGUAGUGUCUCGGACCAUCAAACGCGAUGGCAACAAAAGCACCUUCACGGUCAACGGGAAGCAGGCUUCCCGUCAGCAAGUGCUGAAACUCGCCCAGUCCUUCGCCAUUCAGAUUGAUAACCUUUGCCAAUUCCUUCCGCAAGACAAGGUCAGCGAAUUCGCCGCUCUCACGCCCAUCGAACUCCUCAACUCGACACAGAGAGCUGCGGCGGGUGACGAAAUGGUCGAGUGGCAUGAGAACCUCAAAAGUCUGAGAGCUGAACAGAAAAAGCUGCAGGCAGACAAUCAGGGCGAUAGAGAUCUUCUAGCGAACCUUGAGGACCGACAAGAGAUGCAGAGAGCUGAUGUGGAACGGAUGCGCCAGAGAGCUCAGAUCAAGCGAAAGAUUGAGAUGCUGGAAAUUGCUCGCCCGGUCACGCAGUACACGGAGCUUCAUACCCAGUUCAAUGAAAUGAAAAGAGAGCGUGAUGUGAAGAAUCAAGAAUUGGCGGGUCUUGAAAGAGAGCUUGAACCUGCUUUGAGGUCCCUGAAUGAGAGGCAGGACUACUGUGUUAAACUGGAUGAUGUCAUAAAGCACAGAACGCAGGCCUUCGAGACUGCGGAAAAGAAGGCCUCCACUGCUGCUGCGAAGAUUGAGCAAUUCGAAGCGCAGUUCAAGGAUCUGGAUGACCAAGCUGAAGCUGAGAAGAGAAGUGGGCAGAGUCACAGGCAGAACAUCAGCAAGAUUCAGCAGAAUUUGAACAAACUCCGGCGUUCUUUGCAAGAGGAAGAGCCUGCAGCUUUGGAUUUGGACUCCUACAACGAGAGAAUUCGGGAGAAACGAACGGAGAUCAGAGAAAUCGAGGCGCAGGCAAACAAACUCAAAGAAGAGAGACGGCCUCUUCUAGAAGCACACAAGCAUGCAGCGGAUCAGAUAAGGGAGGCAGAGGGACAGCUCAAGAAUCUCGAUUCUCAAGCUGGCCAGCAGGAAUCAAAGCUUGAACGCAUAUCUUCGGAUUCUGUCAAAGCUUACCGAUGGCUACAGGAGAAUCAGGGCCGGUUUGAGAAAGAGGUCUUCGGGCCUCCAACUCUCACCUGUUCAGUCAAGGACCCUGCUUACGCCCACGCUGUCGAAUCGUUGCUACAACGCACGGAUUUCACUGCAUUCACUACGCAAACCCGAAAUGACUUCAGGACGUUGCAGAAAGCCCUGGUUGAGCAGAGGCUCUCAGACAUCAGUAUUCGUACCUGCUCUAUUCCCCUAGAUAGUCUUCGCCCAUCCAUCCCCGAUCAGCAACUCAGGGGUCUUGGAUUUGAUGGAUGGGCCAAAGACUUCUUGAGCGGACCGGACCCUGUGGUAGCCAUGCUGUGUAGCGAAAAUCGCUUGCAUCAAACACCUAUAAGUCUUCGGGAUAUCAGCGAUGAGGAGUUCACGCAGAUGCAGAAUGGACCCAUAAGCUCCUGGGUGGCCGGGAAGCAAACCUAUGCUGUGGUCCGGCGACGGGAGUAUGGUCCCAGUGCAACUUCCACUCGAGUGAGACCGGUCAAACCCGCAAAGAUUUGGACUUCGCAGCCGGUGGAUGAAUCUGUGAAGGAAGACAUAGUGCGGAGGAUUAAAGCACUCGAAGAUGAGGCAAGCGAGCUACAGGAGAGGAUGAAUGGUGAUAGAGCCAGACUCGCUCAGCUAGGUAAACGAUAUGAGGAUAUUGAUAACGAGAGGAGACAACUCGAGCAGGAGAAAGGCGAGAAGCAAACGGCACUUACAAACUGGAGAGCGAUUCCGGAGAGAAUUAACCAGGAGGAACGCAAACAGAGGGAGAUCCAGGGAAUGAUUGAUGAGGUGAGGUCGAGGGUCAAGGGAAUCCGCGACCAACAAGCCCAAGUAUCGAUCAAAAAGGCCGAGACUGCUAUCGAAUAUGCGACUGCGGUCAAUGUUCUCCAUCGACUACACGAAGAACUCAUCAAAAUCAAGAUCCGACACAUCGAAGGCAUCUCCGAUCUCGAGGCUCUCAGGGCGCGCAACGUGCAGCACCAGGAGAGGCUGAAUGCAAAGCGCGACGAAGUGAAGGCUGCCCAGCAGCAGAUUAAGGAUACCACGGAACGAAUGAAGAAGCUGUACAAGGAAGCGCAAAAGAUCCUGGCAAACGCUAGCAGACAACCCGAUCUAGCUGAAUUUAUCCCCACGCUGGCCAACCACACCACCGAUCAGCUCGAUGCGGACAUCGAUGCCGAGAAGGCACGCCUCGAGCUCACCCACGGUGGCAACAGCGGCGUAAUCAAGGAGUUCGAGGAACGGGCUCGUCAAAUCGACAAGCUGCGCAGCAAGCUCUCCGAUUUCGACAACAAGCUUGCGGACUACAACCACGCGAUCAACGAGAUUCGCGGCAAGUGGGAGCCCAAGCUCGAUCGCAUCAUCAAGAGCAUCAGCGAUGCCUUCUCCGACUCCUUUGCUCGCAUUGGCUGUGCCGGCCAGGUCACUCUGGACAAGGCCGAGGAGGAAACCGGCCCCCACGGCGAGGCGGCCGACACGGACUUCGACCAGUGGUCGAUCCAGAUUCACGUGAAGUUCCGCGAGCAUGAGAACCUGUCCCUGCUGGACGCCCACCGGCAGUCCGGCGGCGAACGAGCCGUCAGCACGAUCUUCUACCUCAUGGCACUCCAGUCGCUGUCCGCCUCGCCGUUCCGCGUCGUCGACGAGAUCAACCAGGGUAUGGACCCCCGGAACGAGCGCAUGGUCCACGGGCGCCUGGUCGACAUCGCCUGCGCUCCGUCUGAAAGCGGCGGCGGCGGCCAGUACUUCUUGAUCACCCCCAAGCUCCUGAGUGGAUUGACCUACAAGCCUGGCAUGCGGGUUCUUUGCAUCUACAGCGGAGAGCACAUGCCCGAAGACUACAACGUCCUUAGCUUCGGCGAGGCGAUUAACAAGAUGAGAGCCGUGGCCGGCCGUACUAAGGGCAAGGGAAGGGCGAUCGACGGGGUCCGAAGCAAUGGGGACGUCGGAGUCUACGGUUGA